AUGGUAAUGUCUCCCAAGGACUAUUCUGCGCCAUCCCUUCCUCCCAAACCUCAAGAACGGGUCGGCACCAGCAAAGGCGUUGCCGACACCACUUUCUCCGACUUCGAGCUCCUGCGCGACGGUGUUCUCGAUCUCUCCGUCUCCAAUUCCAAGGUCAAGCUAUGCAAGAGCCGACGUACUGGCGAAGUCUACAUGAUGAAAAGCCUGCAAGACUGCGAUCAAAUCGUCUGGUCUGAAGAACCCAACGCUCCGCUCCCUGUUGCCUCGCCCGUUGUCACCUCUUGCCGUCUAUCGCGCGUUCCCGACAAGGGCGAUGUCUUCCGUUACUCGUCCUUCCCGAUCUCGACCGAGCCGCCUCUGCGGCAAAUCAGCUAUCCCUCCGUUCUUCCGCCAACAAUCUGCACUCCUUCGUCCCCACCUACGGAUCUCGCCGCUCUCGUUCCGCCUACGGUCUAUGUCCCUCCGUCUCCGCCUCGCCCUAUCGUCGCACAACGCAUUCCUACGCCUUUGCUUUCUGAAUCGUCUUUCCCUCCCGUUGUCAAGUCCGCCGACGUGCUCCCGAACCUCUCCAAGUUCAAGUACCCGUCCUGCCCCGUUAUUGAAGAAGAGGUGGAAGUGUCGACUCUUGCCCUGGACGAGGCGCCGUCUUUUCCACACACGCCGCCGCGGACUCUCACGCUUUCUUCGAUGCUGCAAGAUCAGCCCCAGCUCACUGCCGAGGAACGCAUGGACCUGUUCUGGGACUCCAUCGACCGCGAAGCUGCUGCCGUCCUCGCUGCCUCUCCGGCUUCGCUCCCGCUCAAGUGGCUCAAGCACCGUGCCUCCGUCGACGCGCUUCUCAACAAGGGCAGCUCGGUCCUCUCCUCCGUGCCUAUCCGCAAGCUUCGGCCGCAGAAGAGCGCUCCUGGUCUGUCGAGAAAUGCGCCCGCCAACGCGAAGAACGCGCCUGCCGCCGAUGCGGCAACACACCCUCUCCCCGAAGGCCUCCAGCAGAUCGGCAGCGGCAUCGGCUUCACGUAUCGCGUGCCCGCCGCCGCGGGGUCCAAGAGCUCCGUCUUCACCGUCUCCCGUGGCUCCGUUCUCCGCAAGCUCGGCGGAUUGCGCGAUUCUGUUCCCCGCCUCAAGGUCAACGGGUCGCGUCUGCGCGUCUAUGUUCCUCGCCUGCGGAUGGGGAGGAAGAAGUCGAGCUCGGCGCUGUCCAGCACGAUGUUUAACAGCGAUACGAUGUAUCCGGACGACCCGUUCAUUCGCGAGAGUUCGCUGGAUGAGGGCGAUGAGCAGGAUAUCAUCGAUAUCGUGAACGUGUAUGGGGAGUCGGAGUGGGCGAUGGUGGGGUCGCCAGUCGUUGGGCCCCGGUCGUUGAUGGGCUCACCUGCGAUAAUGGGCGCGGGGUCAUCCAUGAUGAGGAUGGACUCUCCGGUGGUGGCCGCGGACGCGUCGUUCGGAGCCAGGUUGUCGCCUGACCCGUUCAGGGCGAUGGCUUCGCCGUCGUACGCGUCGGGGACGCCGAUGUCAUCCUCGAUGACGCCGGCUCUAUCCUCGAUGACGCCGGCGCUGUCCUCGAUGACACCCUCGUCGUCCAAUGGUCCUCUGAUGUCGCCGCUGUCGUCGAGUGGACCUCUCACGCCGCGGACGCCCUUUGGAGAUGCGCUUGGGCGGGCCUCGUACGAGGGUAUGAAGCAAGGCGUGUACGAUGGGCAGAGCCGAGGGGCGUACAAUGGACCGCGAAAGGCGAAGAGCAUGGACGCCGAUGGCCUACGCCUUGUCACGCAGCCGGCGGAGGGCCUGAGGCAAGUCGUGUUCGCUGACGAGCGGUACCAGUAG